UUGCAGCAGUCGUGUCAAAGUUCACUAUAUAGAGAGCUCAGUGAGCUGAUCACAGAGAAAGCAUUCUGCCAGCCGGGCUUCUAAACCCAAUCACUUCCUAACCUCCUUUUGCCUUUUUAACAUAUUUGAUCACUUUGAUUCCUUUUUUUUUUUUGCGCGGAAAAAGAAGAAGAUCUGGAUUUUGGGUGAAAAAAAAAAAAAAAAAGGUGGGAUCUCCGAUAAUAAUAAUAAUAAUAUUUGCAGAAGAAGACGAUUUUUCGUGUGAUUUCUUCAAGACUUGGAAGAACCCAUCCUUCUCCGCACCCCCUCCUCCAUGCAGCUUGUUCCGCUUCUCGGCCCACCUUCCCCGCCGAUGGGGGUGCUGGAUGGCUGCCUGUAGGAGCCUCCUCUUCCACCCGCUCCAGUCGACUCAUUUCGGGAGUGGAGCGCAGCGUCGGCGGUGACAUUUCCCAGCGAGGAGAGAGAGUGAGAGAGAAAGAGAGAGAGAGAGAGAAAGCAAAAAAAAAAAAAAAAAAAACGAGCGAAGAAAAAGAGACAAAACGGAAGCGGAGAAAAGUUUCCCUUUUCGUUGACUGAUAGGCAGAUAUGGCAAUGGUAGUGUGGAGAGGCUCCCAGGACGACGUGGCUGACACCCAAGGCGCCCUUUCCUCGCAGACCCAAGGCGGACUCACCCUGGCCGGCGCACAGGCGGGCCAGCUGGGUCUGACAGCCUCGCAGGUCGCGCCGCCGACCCCGCAGACGCCGGUGCAGGGGGGCCCCAACAACGCGCAGUCGACGCCGGGCAGCCAGGUCUCGCAGCAGCCGGAGAAGCAGCAGCCGCAGCACAUCGAGUGCGUGGUGUGCGGCGACAAGUCGAGCGGCAAACAUUACGGCCAGUUCACCUGCGAGGGCUGCAAGAGCUUCUUCAAGCGCAGCGUGCGGCGGAACCUGACGUACACAUGCCGGGCCAACCGGAACUGUCCCAUCGACCAGCACCACCGCAAUCAGUGUCAGUACUGCCGCCUCAAGAAAUGCCUCAAGGUCGGCAUGAGACGGGAAGUCUCUCUUUUUACUGCAGCUGUGCAAAGGGGACGGGUGCCACCCACGCAGCCUCACCACGGCCAGUUCGCCUUGACCAACGGGGACCCCCUGCACUGCCACUCCUACCUAUCGGGAUAUAUCUCGCUGCUGCUGCGAGCGGAGCCCUACCCCACGUCCCGCUAUGGCAGCCAGUGCAUGCAGCCCAACAACAUCAUGGGCAUCGAGAACAUUUGCGAACUGGCGGCCCGGAUGCUCUUCAGCGCCGUGGAGUGGGCCAGGAAUAUUCCCUUCUUCCCGGACCUGCAGAUCACCGACCAGGUGGCCCUGCUGAGGCUGACGUGGAGCGAGCUGUUUGUGCUCAACGCCGCGCAGUGCUCCAUGCCGCUGCACGUCGCCCCUCUGCUGGCGGCGGCGGGCCUGCACGCCUCGCCCAUGUCCGCGGACAGGGUGGUGGCCUUCAUGGACCACAUUCGGAUCUUCCAGGAGCAAGUGGAGAAGCUCAAGGCCCUGCACGUCGACUCGGCCGAGUACAGCUGCCUCAAGGCCAUCGUGCUCUUCACCACAGACGCUUGCGGCCUGUCGGACGUGGCCCAUGUGGAAAGUUUGCAGGAGAAGUCCCAGUGUGCCCUGGAGGAGUAUGUGAGGAGCCAGUACCCCAACCAGCCCACCCGCUUUGGCAAGUUGCUCCUGCGCUUGCCCUCCCUGCGCACCGUCUCCUCCUCGGUCAUUGAACAAUUAUUUUUCGUCCGCUUGGUAGGUAAAACCCCCAUUGAAACUCUCAUCAGGGAUAUGUUGCUGUCGGGGAGCAGUUUUAACUGGCCUUACAUGUCCAUUCAGUAAAGGACAUGCAGCGACAAACACACACACAUGAUGCUGUGUGUGUGUGCGUGGAUGUGUGUGUGUGUGAGUGUUGUGAGGAAGGGUGCUGAGAGACUACACAAUGAUAGCUGCUGCUUUUUGUGGAAGGAAUAUUGGAAGAAAAAAAGGCAAGCUUGAUGCUGCUUUCAUGAACUGUGAAGAAGGACAGACUGAAUAACUUUGUUGUUUUUUUAAUGGAAGAACAAACUAUUAAGAGUACAUUUCAAGUAUUAAUAAGUGCAUUUGGGUAAAAACAGAAAAAGGAGGGCAAAAUAAGGGAACUUUCUUUUUAUUCAGUCAAUGUCCUGUGUCCAAAUGUAUAGUGUUUUUGUACUUUUUUUUUUUUUUUGCUGGUUCCAAACCUGCUUAAAAUGUGGUUCUGUUCUGUAGUACAGGUGGUGUUCUUUUCUACACAUGUGUACAAAAAAAGAGAGAAUUCCAACCACAGCAAUAGGAGUUAUUAUAGACGUAUAAUCUAUAGGCUUAAUGCUGCAAGCGCACUUAUGUUCUCAUUGGGAGGGUUACACUUAAUGCAAAUAGCUUUUUUUUAAUUAUUAUUAAAAAUUGAAAUGUUGGUCUUCCCAAAUUAGCGUUGUUUAAAAAAAAAAAUAAUAAUAAAAAAGUCACUUCCUCUGUUUUAUUUUUAGAAUGAAAUCCACAAGCGUCCCUAUUUGGGGGGGAGGGGGUCAAAGGUCACCCAAGUUUAAAGCCAAGCCCAUGUAGUGUUUAAUAGCAGUAUUAAAUGACUAAACAACCCUCCCCUUUUCAGCAUUAAGUGCCUGACAAGCAUGACGUGAUUUCUUCUCCACACACGCAAAUUUAAAAAAAAAAAAAAAGAAAAAAAAAAAAAGUUGGACAAUUUUUCAAAAGCCGGAAUCGAACAUGGAACCGCGCCGAUGCGAGGCAGUAUUGUUGUAAAUAUAGGUCAACUUGUUUCUUUUAUACCAGCUAUAUGUGAUGAAGAUCAAAUCUGUGGUUGCCAUUUUUUUUCUCUCUCUCUCUCUCUCUCGUCUUCAAAAUGGAGUUUAGAUAGUAGCACUGAGAAGUUCUGUUUUGAAAUGUACAUACAUAUUAUUAUUAUUAUUAUUAUUAUUAUUAUUAUUACUACGACAUGUUUUUUUUUUCUUCCUGAUUUGCUUUCAUGUAUAUUUAGACUGUGAAUGCAUGGCCACAGGUCGCUAACCUAUUUUACCUUUGCUAUAUAAAUGUAAAUGUUUUUUUUAUGAUUUCCAUUGGGGCUGUAUAGAUAUAAUCUGUGCGUUCGCUUCACAAAACCUUGUAUUUAAAAAGAACAAGUCGAGUUCAUCAUAGGACUUAAAAAAACAGGGUGAGCAGUUUUAAAAAAGGAAGUUUUUUGAACUUCUUUUUUUUGGGGGGUGGGGGGGGGGGUCUUUUGACAGGUGUGUGUGUGUGGGUGAGCGUGUGUGCGCGUGCGCGUGUUUUUUUUUUGUCCACUUGUUUUUCUUCACCACGACAAAAAAAAAAGAGGCAAAUUGUGGUUGAAAGAAUUCAAAAAAAAAAAAAGAAAACAAAAAGGGAUCACUGCUGAUUGAA